AUGGUGGUGAGAAUGUGUUUUUGGGUCAGACAGACCUUCCACAUCACUUGUGGGUCAUCACAGAAGGUGCCUAGAUCAAUAGGGUCUUUAGUGAGGCUGGUGAACCGGGGUAAGGAGAAAAACACCAGGUUGGAGAAAAGUAAACACAGGCAAGUGCAGCUGUGCUGGGGGAAGUCGGGGGAUAUUACCCUCUCCCAACACUCCCUCGGCUCUGUCCGUCCAGGAGGCCGGAGAGGUUCCUGGUUGCGGCUGCCCGACCGCGCGCUCGGGGCUGCAGAGCCGAAGGAGCUAAGCAAGCUGCAUACAGGAGCGCGGGGUCCGAGGAGAAGAGAACGGAAAGACACGUUCCUGCUGAGAUUCCCGAGAUGCUGUACCCAGGACUCAACUCCUGCCCACGCCCAGGAAACCCGCUCCCCUGGUGCCGGUCUGAACCAUCAAAGCACUUACGUAAAGUCGCAGAGUCCGGGAGCCGGCCCCACGACCUCCAACCAACGCGCUCAGACAACUUCUCCGCUCAGAAUCUUUGCGGUUGUGGUUCUAAAGCCAGCGCUCCCUCGCCUCUUGCCAGCCCCCUCCGCCCCUCGGCCGCCGCCAUUGGCUCGGGUGGUGCUAGCAGUCGGCCUGGGAACCAGGAAGGGGAUUGGGCCACGAGUCUGUCACGUCAACUGGGUGGGGAUCUGGGAGAACUGGCUUGGGGAUGGGCACCCAAGAAAGAUGGGGACUGUUACUCUGGGGCAGGGAGCGGAGACCGAUUCCCCCCCCCCUUCUUUAUCCUCCUCCUUCUUCCUGAGCUAA